GCUUACAGUUCCCCAGUUGAAACUAACUUAGGCGGACGAGAGAUGAUGUUUUGAUCAUCACCACCGCUCUUCGCGAACAUUCCUCAUUCUUCACAUCUAAAAAUCCAGAAUUAGCAACAAAUACCCACCUUUCCCUACCAAAAUCUACCCAAAACUUCACCGAUUGAUUGAUAUAGAGAGUAAAUUGAGGCAACAAUCAUGUUUAAGAAGCCGGUGGAUGCCAAAAGUCAGCAGAGACUGUCCGGAGCCGACCGGAAGAAGCUGAAAAGGACUAUCAAGGAGCGUUUUCCCAAUGUCUCCGAUGCUGAAAUCGAUAUCUUGCUCCCCCCUAAGGGAGAGGUAACCGUUUCAAAGUACCCAAAUCGGUUACUUGUUUAUGGACAAGAAGGUGGAUUUCCAGUAUUCUUUGACACAGAUGGUAGAGGAACUGAAGUCCUCCCCUCAGUUUUUGCACUUUGGAUGGUCCCUGAACUUUUGCCAUCAUUUUGGCUAAAAGGUGGUGAAGUUUCUCGUUAUGUCCUUGGGGGAGCAGAUCUAAUGUUCCCUGGUAUAAGUGUACCUCCAGAAGGAUUACCACCAUUUUCAGCAGGCGAGUCAUGGACUGUCAAGGUUCCUGGCAAUCCCGCUCCCAUUGCUGUAGGUAUUACCACCAUGAGUAGUACGGAAGCCAUAAAAGCCGGUUUGCGUGGAAAGGCACUCAGGAUAUGUCAUUAUUAUGGAGAUUUCCUUUGGGCAUCAGUGGAUGGCCAGUUAGUGCCAAAUGCUGGAUUUCUAGAGAAUGUUGUGUAUGGAGAUCCUUCUUUGUCUUCUACAUCUGAAGCUCACGGAUCAUGUGAAUCCGAUGAUGGAGUCGAGCAACAAAAGGAUGAUGUUGCACAGAUAAUUGAAUUGCAAUCUGGAACCGAUGCUGGUUCGAAGAAUGUUGAUGUUGAACGGGUAAUUAACGAAAUUGCUGAACUAGAAGUAGCUGAAAAUUCAACAACGGAUGAACUCAGUAAUCGGGAACAUCAAUCUUCAUCUACUGAGGAAAUGGAUUUGAUCUUGGACAAGUGUCUUCUUCAAGCUUUGCAUAAAUCUAUUAAGGAGAAAGACCUACCCAUACCUGGCAGCACAUUUUGGUCAAAUCAUGUGCUUCCUUGUAGACCAUCAGACAUUACAUUGGAUAUAAAGAAAUCUUCACACAAAAAACUGUCGAAAUGGCUACAAUCUAAAGCAUCUACAGGUUUGAUAUCAGUAAAAGAAGAUAAGCACAAGAAGGAGGUUAUAUUAUCCUCAGUGAACCGAAAUCAUCCAGACUACACAUCCUUUAAGCCAGAGAAAAGGGUAGUGGAGAAAACUGAGCAGACUUCUAGUCAAACUAGUGGGAAUGAAGGAAAUUCAAACAAAAAACUCGAGUUGGAAGAAAUCUAUAAGCCUAGCACACAUGUCAAUCCUAUUUUUGCUUCUGUAGGAGCCGACAAGGGUAAUCUCUAUAGUGCAUCUGAAGCCACUGAAAUCGUGUUCAGUUACGUUGAAAAAGAGAAUCUAGUUAAGCCAACAAAUAAAGCAGUUAUAGUUCUUGAUGCGAUACUUUGUGAUGCACUUUUCAAGGGUUCCAUAAAAAAAGGAUCAUCAUACCCAACCGAAAUUCAUAAGAAAGAUUUGGGGUCUACUUUUCUAAACCGAAUGCAAGCACAUCAUAGAGUAACGAGAGGAAAUGAGUCUGUUGUAUGCAAAGGUGGCUUGAAGACGGUCCAAAUUAUGACAGAGAGAAGGCAAGGUAACAAGAAAGUUACGAAACUCACUGGAUUAGAAUCGUUCUUGAUGGAUCCCGAGGCUGUGGCAUCCGAACUGCAGAAGAAGUUUGCGUGUAGUACAACUGUAGCAGAAUUACCAGGAAAGAAGGGACUCGAAGUUUUGAUUCAGGGGGGAGUAAUAGAUGGUCUCGGAAUACAUCUAGUCGAACACUACGGCAUACCCAAAAGAUAUAUUGAAGUUAUGGACAAAACCAAGAAAUAAAGAAAGAAAUGAGUUCAUCAUUUCAAAGAUUUUGUCUUUGCUUAAUUUGCACAAGAUUUUAGUAUAUGAUCUUCAUGGUGUUUUUACUUAUGUUCUUGCGGGUUUUAUUACUGUGAACAAAGUAGAUUCCGGUACUGUUUUAUUGCAAGUGGUUUUGACCUAAAGUGGAGCUUCAAACACAAUUGAUCCUAUUUGUUUGGAAU